AUGGCCUCUCCUCAUUCUGGCAGCAACAACAGCGCUCCGAUACCACGACCAUCCGCGUGGUCUCGUGGGCCUCCUCAUCAGAAUAAUCCAAUAAGCCUAUGUCGAGGGAAGAUUCUUCCUCUGGGGACCAGAGAGCUCAACAGGGAUACAACCGAAACAGGUCUACAAAACGCUGGGGCGUUAGUCACCAGUAAGUCGCAGCCCAACAACCAGUACAAGGUUCAUGUCGUCAAUACAGCGAGCACCACCACUGCUGCCAUUGUCUCCCAUGAGACCAAUGAUUUCCCCUUUCUUUUUGACCCUCUCCAAACAAGACUUGACGCUUUAGAAGCUGAACUCGCCCAACAACGACUGUUACUCCGUGACCUUAUGAUAUCUGCAGAGCACCUUGCACGACGGGACGCAAUCCUGAAGAGUUGGCAAGUGGCCUCCGAGGCAGAAGCUGCCUUGUACACAUAUAUUUGGCGGUCAUUGGCACCAGAACACCUGGAACAGCUUCAUUCUGUCACUGGAACAACAUUUUUCCAAAUUGUGAAGUUUUGCGAAAAGCAUCGCCGUCAGGGCCAAGUUUUGAACGCUCGCGACGCCAACGAUUUUGAUAUUUGGAACAAGCACUUGAAAGCACAAUGGGGUGGGAUCAUAGGAGCGGUAAGAGCUCGGAAGGAGCAGUAUGCCACUCAGAGGUAUGCUAUUGCGCAUCCUCACAUCACUGCCACAGACUACAACUCUUUCAUUGGGUCUCUGGAGUUGACUGAUGCAGAGCGGACAUUGCUGGAUGAUGUCCAAGCUGAUGUGUUGAGUUACAUGUGA